AUGGGUCGUGAGGUAAAUCAGAAUUGUUCAUUAGAAUAUUUUCCUCCAUCUAUUGAUAGCAAUGGUUUGUUAUAUGCUUCUAUUCCAAGAUCUGAAAUUCUUCUUAAUGUUGAUAAAUGGAAUAAUACUUUAAUUGGAUAUGUUCUUGGUGAUAAACCUUUUUAUACCCAUUUAAAAGGUUGUGUUGGUCGGCUAUGGAAACUAAAAUGUUCUCUUGAGAUAUAUUCUAGGGAAAAUGAAAGAGAACUCCUUAACUCAGUUCCAGUUUGGAUUAGACUUCCAGCUCUGCAUCUAAAGCUUUGGUCUAAUAAUAUUAUUGGUCGUAUUGCUAGUAUUGUGGGUAAACCUCUUUAUAUAGAUCAAGCGACAGCAUCGGGGGAAAGGCUAGCAUAUGCUAGAUGUUUUGUGGAAAUUUCAUCUAAAGCUAAGCUACCAAAUUAUAUAAGGAUGGAUUUAGGGAAUGGAGAUUGGUUGGAAACUGCCGUUGAGUAUGAAUGGAUUCCACCUAAAUGUGUUAAAUGUCAGAAUUUUGGCCAUGUUGAUCAUCAGUGUCCAGUUGUUAUAGUUGAGAAGUGGGUGGCUAAAACAACAUUGAAUGAAACAGGGUUUGGAGAAUCUAUGAUUAAACAUAAUGAAGGCCUACUAAAUGAAGAUGCUGUUAUUAAUAAGAGUCAGAUAAAUGUUGAAGCUACAAAUAAUGGAAGUAUAAUUCAUGCCAUUAAUGAAGAUGAUGUUGCCAUUAAUGAUGUUCUUUCGGAUUCUGAGGAUUUUUCUGAUCGAGAGUUGGUGUCUCAUAAUGAUGAAAGCCAAGCUAAAAAGGAUAAAUUAAAUGCCCAAGAGUUAUCUAUGAAAGAUAAAUCUCCUUACUCUGAUACAACUGAUACCCUGGAAACAGAGCUGCCACAUAAAUCUGAUUCUAUGAACAAGGUUGCUGUUAAUAGAAACAAUUAUGAUUUUAUUCAUGAUCCUCAACAAUCUGUCUCUGCUAAUAUCUUAGAAGAUAUACCAGGUUCCUCUGACAUUACAGUUACAGAUGUUCCUAUUACUGAGAAUAAUUCAGAACAGACUAAAAAUAAUGCAGUUUUUUUGGAUUCUUUGCAAUCUGAUGUGGAUAAUUCAAAAGAGAAAGGAUUAGAUUUUACUAUUGCUGUUGAUAAUCCUGACUGGAUAACAGAAAAAGACCAGCUGAUUAUGAAGAAGAAAAGCCAGGUCAAAGUGAAUAAAGACCCCUCAGAGACAAAAGUCAAAUCAGCUAAAGCUUACAGAAUUACUAAAUGUAUUCCUGCUCAUUGGUCUUUUUGCAACAAUUAUUUUGCUUCUGAUAGAGGGAGAAUCUGGGUGGUAUGGGAUUCUGAUAUCUGGAAUGGUGAUGUAUUAUCUGCUACUUUACAAGUUAUAACCAUUAGACUUCAAAACAAAGGAGGUUUCAACUUAUUGUUGAGUGUCAUUUAUGGGGAAAAUUCAGAAUCUGCAAGAUUAUCAUUAUGGGCUGACAUUAGAGACAUCUAUGAUAAAUUUAAAUCAAUGCCAUGGUUGCUUGUGGGGGACUUCAAUGUUUGUAGAUUUACUACAGAAAAAAUUGGAGGUAGACAUCUUACUGUUAAGAAACUCCAGGAUUUUAAUGAUUGUAUUCAAUCAUGUGGUCUAUCUGAUAUCAAGAGCACUGGUUCUCUAUGGACAUGGCAUAAUAAACAACAAGGUCAAGGCAGAAUAUAUGGUAAAUUGGAUAGAGGUCUGGGAAAUACUAAAUUGUUUGAUCAAUUUCCUCAAGCCUUUAUAGAAUAUAAGAGUACUUCAACUAGUGACCAUACUCUAGCGCUCCUUCAUCUGACUCCCAAAUUACAGUCUGGACCAAAACCUUUUAGAUUUUUUAAUUUCUGGAUGCAAUGUCAGGGUUAUGAAGAAAUUCUCAGAUGUGUUUGGAACAAACAUUACACAGGUUCUCCUAUGUUUAUUUUGGUUUCUAAACUUAAGGAUCUUAAACUGACAUUGAAGCAAUGGACAAAUCAGUCUGAUGUAUCUCCUAAAGCUAACAUUAUGAAGCUUAAAAACAAAUUGGAUAUCAUUCAACAGAAGCUAAAUCAGGACUUUCAUAAUGAGGACCUACAGGACUCAGAAUCUGCAAUAAUUAUUGAACUAGAUGGUUGGCUAUGUAGAGAAGAAGAGGAGAUGAGACAUAUUAUUGCUCAAAAUGGAUCACAUAUCACUUCAAAUGACAAUAUUAAACACAUUGCUGCCAGCUUUUAUGAAGAUCUUUUCAAUCAAACAUCUUACUGGAAUGUCUUUCCUAAAUUGACAGUAAAGAGGAUUCUGACUGCUGAGUCUAAACAAUGGUUAGUUCAGGAAGUUAACUACAAAGAGAUUAGAAAUGCCCUCUUCCAAAUGAAUGCAGAUAAGGCUCCAGGACCAGAUGGCUUCAACGCAUAUUUCUAUCAACAAAAUUGGAACAUGAUCAGUGGUGAUGUUGUCUUGGCAGUGCAAUCUUUCUUCAAAUCUGGUACAAUUCUUAAGCAGAUCAAUCAUACAUUUCUCACUCUUGUACCGAAAUCAAAGGAAGCUACUUCCAUUCAAGAUUACAGACCUAUUUCAUGUUGCAAUGUCAUUUAUAAGAUUAUUACUAAGAUUCUGGCCAAUAGAUUAAAGAUGGUGAUUGGGGAAUUAAUUUCAAAGAAUCAGCAUGCUUUUCUUCAGGGGAGACAUAUUGGUGAGUGUUCUUUACUUGCUCAUGAAUUACUUAGAGAUUUCAAUAGGAAUCAUGGCAAGAGAGCCUGUUUUAAAAUUGAUCUUCACAAGGCUUUUGAUAGCAUCAACAGGGAAUUUGUAUACUAUGUUAUGCAUUGUAUGGGCUUUCCUGUUAAAUGGAUUUCUUGGAUCAGAGCAUGUCUUUCCACUCCUUCCUUUUCUGUCCUCUUAAAUGGUUCCUCUUCAGGUUUUUUUAAAAGUAAUAGAGGUAUUAGACAAGGGGAUCCUCUAUCUCCUUAUAUCUUUGUUAUGGUCAUGGAAUUUUGGUCUAUUGGUAUGGAGCUAGCAGUUAUCUCAGGGAAAAUACAGAAUUUUAAAACUCAACAUGAUCUUCAAGUCUCUCAUAUAUUGUUUGCAGAUGAUAUGUUGGUUUUUUGUAGAGCAAAUAAAAAAUCUUUUGAAGGUAUCAAUAAUCUGUUGGAUACUAUGGCUUUGAAUACUGGACUGUGUAUAAACAGAAAGAAAAGCAAAUUAUAUUUCAGCAAAGGAUGCAACUGUAAAGGAGUGUUAAGCUCUAUUGUGGGAAUUUCAAUAGGGACUCUUCCUAUGAAAUAUUUAGGAUUACCUUUAUCUGCAAAAUACCCAAAAACAAAGGAUUUUCUUCCACUUAUUGACAAGGUCAGACAUAAGAUUGAAGGUUGGAUGUCUCAUUCUUUAUCCUUUGCAGGUCGUCUAGAACUCAUCAAAUCAGUAUUAUUCAGUACCUCUGCUUACUGGUAUUUUGUAUAUAAAUUCCCUCAUUCCAUUAUACAAAACCUGGAAUCUAUCUUUGCAAAUUUUCUUUGGUCUGGACAGUUUCAUGCUAUCAACUGGAAGGAAGUUUGUCGACCAAAACAGGAAGGGGGAUUUGGUCUGAGAAGAUUGAAGGAUCUAAGUCAAGCAGCUGCCCUUAAAUUGAUAUGGAGACUUCUUACAGCUAAUUCUCUUUGGACAAACUGGAUGAAUGUCAGAUAUAUCAGGGGAGACAAUUUUUGGGAAUCUAAUACAAAUCUGUUGGAUUCUGGAACCUGGAAGCAUAUAUCUAGUCUCAAAAAUCAAGCUCUGAAAUGCAUUAUGAAAUCUAUUGGGAAUGGAGAGACCACUUCCCUUUGGUUUGACCCAUGGUUACAGGAAGGAAGAAUUAUUGAACUACUACAUUAUCUCACUCCUCAACACACAGACACUACUACUUGGACAUUUCAGGUUAAAAAGAUCAAUGGAUAUGGUUGCAUACAGGUGAUGGUGAUUUCUCCUUUUCUUCAGCUUGGAAUCAAGUUCGUACAUCCUAUGACAAAUUUGAGCUUUACAAUGUGGUAUGGUUCCCAAACUCAAAUCCUAGAAUGUCUUGUUGCAUGCUCAGAAGUUUAUGUAACAGCAUAUAUCUGGAAGCUAUGUAAACUGAAACUGCAAAUGAAAAUUACUGAUGUUAAGGAUCUUAAGACAGAAGCCCUGGAAAUCCAACAAAAGUUCAAGAAGAAAGAUAAUACCUAUAUCUUGGCUAGAUUAGCACUAAAUGCAACUGUUUGGCAUAUUUGGCAGGAAAGGAAUAAAAGGAUUUUCCAUGAUCAAAAACUACAUAAGAUUAUGGUGUUUAGGAGAAUAUAUGAAGACAUUAAUAUUCUGCUUAGGACUUGCAAUUGGAAGGUUGGUAAUUCAGAUAUUCUAUCAAAUUGGAGCUAUGUAAAACUGUGA